AUGGCUCACCUUAAAUUUCUGUUUAAUCCCCUCUACAUUAGAGGUGAUUCUUAUUCUGGCAUCACCGUUCCCAUGCUUGUCCAAGAGAUAUCUAAUGGUAUUGAAGUUGGAGACGAGCCACUUACUAAUAUUAGGGGGUUUCUUUUGGGUAACCCUUUUACUGAUUUAGGCAUUGACAUGAACGCAAGAAUUCAAUUUGCUCACAGAAUGACACUUUUAUCAGACCAACUUUACAAGUCGACUAAAGAAGAUUGCAAUGGCGAGUACUUUUUCGCCCCAGAUCCAAGCAAUGUAGCUUGUAUUACUAAUCUCCAAGCUGUCAAAAAUUGCCUUGAAAAGAUAUAUCUUCCCAAUGUAUUGGAGCCAAAAUGUUCUGAAUUUCUUUCUCCAAAACCAAUUACACUAGAGUGGAAUACUCGGAACAGUUAUUUGGAAAAGACUUUUCUUGAUGUUCUUAUCUCAACUGCUCAGCUUCCACAACCAUGGUGUCGGAUUUACAACAUGGUGCUGUCAUAUAUUUGGGCUAAUGAUAAAACUGUCCAAGCAGCUCUUCAUGUUCGAGAGGGAACCAUAAAGGGUUGGGAGAGAUGCAAUAGCAGCUUAAAUGCCACUAAUUACGCACAUGAUAUCACAUCCAGUGUUUCGUAUCAACAAAACCUUACCAAGAAAGGCUUUCAUGCUUUAAUUUACAGUGGUGAUCAUGACAUGGUUGUACCACAUGUGGGCACACAACAAUGGAUAAAUUCUCUAAAUUUAACCGUUAAAGAUGAUUGGCGUCCAUGGUUCGUCAAUAGUCAAAUUGCAGGGGAGCAGGUCAGACAGCAGAAUACAAACCCGUGCAAUGCCUUGCCAUGGUUGAUAGGUGGUUUGCAGAUUAUCUACUGUAGAAUAUAAACUUCUACCGAAAAGGAAAUUUUUUUAAUUAGAUAUUUUAUUUGUUUUAAUUUGUCAUUUUUGUUGUGAGGGUCCAUUUUUCUGUUUGGUUA